UCUUUUAUUUCAACCAUUCUCAAUUUGAUCCCUUUCAAUUGACCCGCCCUUAGUUGUCAACAAGAGUUUAUGAAAACUUAUACUUUCGUGUCAACAACUCACACAGAUAUGGACAAACCAAAUAAAAAGUUACAUCCUUAAAUAAAAGCUGGAGAUAAAUGGGCAUUCUUUAUCCUCGUUAGUUGUCCAGCACAAACAUGAAAGUGUUAAUAUGGCUUAUAUUGUCACAGGGCCACAAAAGCAUAGCUCGGGUGCAGAGUUUGGGAUGUCGUAGAAAGAACGUUGAGAGUUUUAAAAGUGAAGACUUAUCUACGGAUAACAGUCCAUCUUAAGCGUCCCCCUUAAAAACUGGGUAGGGUCGGAAACAUAUGAUAUCACAACUGGACACGUGACCCGGCAUGUGGGUAACUUAUCUCAUGGGAACAGGCUUAUUUCAUUCAGUUUUGGAGAUAGCGCAUGAGCAACGAGAACCCCCGAGGAUUACACAAAUCAAACAGAGAGUAGGUGGAAGGAAGUGACCAUGUCUUGGACAGUUAAAAUGUAUGUACUGAUGGUCUUAUUGUUCAAAGAAUCGUUUCAACAAACCACAGAUUCUGCCUUACUGACCGUGGAUGGUGGUUGGUCAUCUUGGGCAGACUCUAACGCCUGUUCUGUCACCUGUGGGUCAGGGUCAAUAUUCCGACUCCGCACCUGUACUAACCCAACACCGCAGAAUGGAGGAAAGGAAUGCAAAGGAUCGAUGUUCGAAAGACACACCUGUAAUAAAGGACCGUGUCCAGUGGACGGUGGCUGGUCGCCUUGGAAACCGUUUUCCGUCUGCACGGCAACCUGUGGCGAAGCUUCCCACACUUCUACCCGGCGCUGUAACAACCCAGCUCCCCAAAAUGGAGGGAAGCCGUGUGUGGGGAACGCUACAGAUACCCAGCCGUGUAGAGACCUUCCUCUCUGUGCAAUAGACGGACAGUGGAGUAAUUGGUCAGCUUAUUCAGAGUGUUCCGUGAACUGCGGUCACGGUACUAAAAAUAGAACCAGAGUUUGUAACAAUCCUGCGCCAAAAUAUGGAGGAUUAGAUUGCGCGGGAAACGCAAGCGAGGUUAUCGGCUGCAGCGCUAAGCAGUGCCCUGUGGACGGUGGAUGGGGUGCCUGGAUCACCAGCGGAAGUGAGUGCUCGGUCACGUGUGGACGCGGGUCUAGAAUCAGAAUCCGAUCAUGCUCGAACCCUGCCCCAGUCAACGGUGGUCGGGACUGUCCCGGUGCCGUGUAUGAAUCUAAAUCAUGUUUACUUAAGGAAUGCCCAGUGAACGGAGGCUGGACACGUUGGAGCCCCUUCACACCGUGUACCACGACCUGUGGGGUGGGCUAUCAAACAUCUACCAGGACCUGCACAAACCCCUCCCCACAGUUUGGCGGCCAACCCUGUACAGGAAACAACAACGACACUCGGGUGUGUCCAAAUCAGCCCCUGUGUCCAGUUGAUGGUGGAUGGUCGCCAUGGAAACCAUACUCCUCCUGUAGCGCCACCUGUGGAUUUGGUUCCCAAACGUCUACCAGGGAAUGUAACAGCCCUGCUCCAGAAAAUGGCGGGAAACCUUGCGAGGGAAACCAGACAGAUACACGGCCAUGUACAGAUUUAUCGCCAUGUGAAACAACUAUUUUGACAACAUUGUCGACAAGGAAGCCUGAAGCGACCAAACCUUCAACUCAAACAACGGAAACUAGUGAAAGGCAAACAACAGCAAUAGAAACUUUACCGACGGAGACAUCUACAGUGUCUUCCACAACAAUGUCCUCCUCUGGCCUUCUAACGACAGACAUCACAACGCGCACUGAGUCUGUUACAUCACAGGAACAAAUCGUCACAACCACCGCUCAAACAGAGACGUCACAUAUGAGUGUGUCACACGUCACUUACCAAGAAACGUCAUUUAUUACAUCAGAAACACGUGUGUCAGAGGUUACAACAGUCUCAACAAUUCUACCAACAACAUCAAAGUCUUCAGAGGAAUUCAACAAGCCAAAACUGGGAAUGGUGGUAGUUUCCUUUGCCGUGUACAUCGAUAAGAAUUUUGACGACAAACUGCUGGAUCCAUCAAGUACAACCUACAAAGAGACUGGGAAAAUGGUUUUGGAGGUGCUUACAGAACGGUUCAAGAAUACUCCUGGCUUUCUAAUGGUUGUAAUCAAUGGAUUCAGCUACGGCAGUAUCCGCGUCAACUAUACUGUGGGUUUGUCUGGGGAGGCUUUGUCCACGGAUGAUAGAGUUCGCGCCGCCAAGGACCAUCUUCUUAGUAAGGCCACGAAAUGGACUCCCAAUGAACCGGUCUUCUCCGGAUUCCCCGUCAAUACCGUCAAAACUAAUACAGAUGCUUCAAAACAAGACAUCUCGGCUGUACUUUCGACCGAGAGGAAGGCGGCCUGCGCAUGUCCCCUGGACGGCUACUUCUGUGACUUCAGGGAGGGAGGGGCGAUAUGCGUGAACCAGUGUACCGGCUUCCUGUGUGGUCCUCAUGGUUCCUGUUUAGUGGACGCCGACACAAAGCUACCAAAGUGCUAUUGUAAACAAUUCAAGAACUCCAAGCUAGUGUAUUACGGAGACAAGUGUGAGAAGACCAAAGAGCUGGACUCCGUGGAGCCUAUUGGCGGGGAGUCGGACAACCUGACGCUGAUCGGGGUCACCGCCGGCGUGGGGGGCGGCCUCUUCCUGUUUAUCACGGUGGCCGUCAUCUGUGUCUGCAGGAAAAUUCACGAGCAGAAGAAACAGUUGAAAAGUACCGUGUCUUAUAGUAACCAGAGCUCCCUCUGUCAUCUGGAUCAGCUGGAACACAACAAGGGGGCCAAAGAGAACUUUUACUCCAAGGCCACCCACAACCCCCUCUAUCAGGACAAUGAUGACGUCAGAGCCAGUACUAACGCGGAGCAAAUCGUUCGAAUUUUCUUACACGUGGAACCCGAGAAGAGUAGAAGCAUGAGCAUGCAUAGUGUUGGUUCUAUCCGUACGUCACGUAGCGGCGAGGAUCCGCAUGUAUAUAUGAUAGGAGAUCGCAGGGACCUAGAAACCCAUAAUUUUCAAUCAACGGAAAAACAAUCUAGAACUCCUUUGGAGGACGAAGCAGAAACAUACAACGUUCAUAAUGAAUCCUCAUAGCACUUCCGAGCUGUUGUAGUGACGUCAUAAUAACUAAUCUAUGAUGGGAAACUUGACCGUCCUCAUUCUGUUCACCAGGCAGCCAAAGUUUGAUGUGAUACUGUGAUUAAUGAACAAAGUUAUCUUGGAAUCAUUUUUGAUGAUAUGUACAAAUCAUUGCCCUUUACUCUGUUCAAACGUCAGAUAUUUAUGUAUGUUUCCGCAUGACCUGCCGGGUUUUUUUUAUUGUAUCCUUUUGCAUUCCAUUCCUUCCGUUCUAUGUAUAGUUUUUGCUUUGCUUGUGCUGGUCGCAUAGUUUAUUUUUGUUACUCAAACCAUUUUAUAUUUCUUUAUCGAUGCUAUGCGUUUGCUAAAUUCUUUGUACGUUUGUAUUUUCAUGGUCAUUUACAUCAUGAUAUUGUAAAUACAUGUAUAAUAACUUACUUCAUUCAACCUUUUGUUGCUUGAUUAAACACAUUUCAUUUUAUACACACAUCAUGAGCUUCUUGUUUGAAUGUCCAUUUGCUUAAUUCAUGUUUUUUCUUCAGUUUCUAUGCUGGUGCAUUGAUAGAUACACAGCAUUUUGUUCAUUUAUUUAUGCUUUGCAUCAAAACAAACUUGCAUGUAUGCUUGUAAAAAAAGCAUGAUAUAUCAAUAGAAUUAGAUUGAACAAAGUUUCUAAUUUAUUUUUAUUAAUAAAACUUUAUUUUCC